CGACCCCGCGGAACUCUCCACCCAGAGCUCCGCCCCGGCGUCCUGAAGAUCUUCGGAGAUGAGAUCUGCGAGGGCGCCAACUACAAGUCCGUCCUCGCCACGCCCCGGUCCAGCGCACAGGAACUGGUCAAAGAGGCGCUGGAACGCUAUUCGCUGAACAAAGCCGCCGCCCACUCCUACGUCCUCUGCGACGUGAUAGGUCAGCUGGAGGGGGGAGGAGGUCAGGAGGGAGGAGAGGGGGAAGGAAGGGGGUGGAGGACGGAGUGUCUGCGGGCGAUGGGAGACAACGAGAAACCAUUGUUGUUACAGGAACUAUGGAAGCCCAGAGAGGGACAUGCCAGGAGGUUUGAGCUGCGGAGGAGAGCGGAGGUAGAGGAGCUGAACGCUAAGGAGAAGGAUACGGUCACUGCAGGACCCAAAACACCCCCUUCCUCGCAGCUCUAA